AGGGAUUGGCUCCCAAGUAAAUCCAGAGAUGGUUGGUUUUACUUACAGGAAGAGACAACCCUGAGAAAACUUAAUAGCAGCACUGAUGGCGUCUGACUAUGAGGAGACACAGGCAAAAGAUCAUGAGGAGUUAGAAAGACAACGCCAACAAAUUGCUUUGAUGCAACAGCAGCUGGCCAAUAUGACAGAAGCUCAGAAUAAUAUGAGCCAGACAAUCGCACAAUCUGUUGCAGCAGCUCUAGCCGCUCAUGGCAUUUCCCCUCAGGCAGGUCAUCAUCCAGUUGCCCCACCACAGCUGUCACAUGGUCCUGGCUCAGGUCUUCGCAUGAAUUCAGCUUUCACCUACUCCAAUGAUUCUACACAAACCUCUCCUAUGGUCCCUGAAUACCAACAACAGCGGCAGUUUCUGCCUCAAGAUGAUGAUGCAUACCAUCCUACUUUUGAUCCAAACUAUCAGGGUCCUUAGUUUUUUUACUUUUCUGCUACGCACAUUAUCUCCAUACUUUGCAUGGUUGGCUUUAUUUCUAUUAGUACUUUAAACUGUUAGCUUUAGCUUUUAUUACGAUAUAUUUUCUUAUUUUGCUUGACCUCUAGUGAUCAUACUU